AUGACCACCCUGCUCAUCCCCAAGAACGCCUCCGAAUGGACACAGGCCAACCUCACGGCGUACAAGAUAACCAUAAUCGACCAAGAUCGGACCGCGUUCUUCGACUUGGGCGGUCGCCUGCCCGGUCUGCCCAUGUCGCUCGACGCACUCGCUGACACGCCUGAUCGUGAGGCAGCGGUGCAUGUGGACGACGAGUACGAGACGGAGAAGUACCUUCACCUGCUGGAGCUUGCACAGGGCGCUUCACGCGAUGCUGGUGGUAGGGUAGAAGGGGUAGAAGGGCAAGAGCAAGGAACGAGGCGAGGCGGUCGCCUGGAAUCGGCGAUGGCGAUGUUCAUCGAGCGGUUAUUGCUGAAAAUAGGGUACGACACUGAGCGCAGUCUCCUCUUACACAGGGUCGGGCUUCCCCUCACCAUCGCCUACACUGAGCGCCUUGCCCAGCCCUCACUAGCGAUGUGGGACACCGACGAACUGGUCACUUUGCUUGUCCAGACUGACCUCUACCCCUUCCAUUCCCUCUUGCUCUCCACGGGGCCGGAAAAAGUCGAUCCAGAAGCUUCGUUGAUCGCCUCUGCAAUCGCCUCAUUCCAAUACAACAACCGGACGCACAUCGCAUCUCAAGCUGCGCCGUUCAGUGUCACGACCCGUCCCCGGCUCCCGGCACAAUUAUCCGGCUCCCAAGGCUGUAUCCAGCUUCCGAGGCUUGUGGUAAUGAGCCGUGCUCUUCCGGGACACUUCUGA